AUGCAUCGAGGGUUGAAGGUUGGGGAGAAGGUUGGAAGAACGACACGUUCGAUGGUUUUAAAGGAGAGACUACGUCGUGACGUUAAACGAGCUACGCUCUGGCGGCGAGGAAGUUCAAAACGAGCAGUAACGACGAGGUACGGCCACGGAAGUCAUUUAUCACCCGACGUACUUAAAGUACCUACCUGUCGACAACAAUUGAAUUUCAAGCUACGCUCCUUUCGUCUUCGUCUUCGUCUUCGUGUCGCUGUCCUCGUUUUCGUCGUUCAGAAGAACGCAAACACUCCAAGUUUUUCGACGAUACCUUCGAGACGACGCAGACUAUGGCGUCGUUUGAUCGUUGGAACAAUCUACUCGUAUAAGACAAGUGAUUUGAUAACCAAAAUGAAGUUGGGUCUUCUGAUCAUAACCUUUUUAAUGGCGAUAAUGUCCGUCAUGUCAUACAGAGUACCAGUGCCGAUUAGAAGACCGGGACAGCCUACUUUCCCUACUUUCCCGGGAACCGGACCGUUUAAUCCGAAAAUACCUCAAGGUCCAUGGGGUAGACCCAGGAUUUAAGAAGUUUUGGUAUGCUGAAAAAACAGGAGGAUUAAAGAAAGAGAUUAAUUAAAAAAUGAAAAUAUAUCGAUCAUUAUUGACAUGCCGCCAAAAACUGUUCUUACUAUUAUUAUUAAAAUAAUUUUGUAUAUUAUUAAUUGGGAGAUUAAAUCCUCAUAAUUUAUAGAAAUAA